AUGCUACGACGUGUGCUACUGUUUUGUUGUAUAAGUUCAGCUGUUUUAACUGAUCCGCCAUGCGUGAUCGAGCUGGAGUGUGCGGAGUGCUUGCCGGACAACAUGCCCCUGGUGGCGUCGCACCGAGCUAGCAACGGCACUGUAACCGCCGAGGCGGGGGACGAGUUGGUGCUGGAGUGCCGCGGGGGCAAGUUUCUCGCAUAUCCGCUGCUGGCAACACUCAGCGCUGUUUGUGAGGCGGGACGUUACCGCGUCGCACGCGAUGGUACAUUGCGACAUUUACUCGAGCUGGGCUGUCAAGAGAACAUUUUCGAGGAUGUUUUGCAUGAGGUGGAGUACUGCAGUCCACCGCUGCAGGGGCGAGCGUAUCAACUGCAGACUGCUCAUGGUGCUCACCAUCUAGCGACGCUCUGCUUCGACCAAGACCGCGGCGUAGCAACGCGCGCGCUCGCCACCAACUCACCUUCCAACGCGCUGCCACUGCCACAGCACCGCGACCACGCCUCCACACGAAGCUUGCUGGGCAACUUCAACCAGAUGUUCGAUUCCUCAACUCGCAACGCCGCGGAAAAGCUCUACUCCGAUGACGUCAGCACGAAUCACCGCCUCCGCGAGAUCCUUAAGCACGACCGCUUCACCUUCGCGGACCAAACGCUCACCUCCGCCGAACUCCUCAGCACGCACUACUUCGACGACCAGUACAUGCGCGUUGCGAAGUUCGUCUCAAACAAGGUCGCGGUGUGGAGGUCGGUCGCAACUGGCAACCUUCACCACUUGCAUCGCGACGUUGCCAAAUUCAUGAAGAUGUCGCGUCCGCAUACGGUGGUGAAUGUCUACGCGGGUACGCACGAUGUCCUGUCUUUAAGGACGGGGCACACGAAAACGAAAAUCUUUCUCAAACCCGAGAGGUUCCCCGUCCCCAAGUAUAUAUGGACGGUGGUUCACGAUAAGAAACAGGAGAAAGCCUUGGCGAUAGCAGUGUUGAAUGACCCGUUUGUAUCGGUGAGUGAGAUACGGGAGGCCGUGUUCUGUGAGAGCGCUUGCGGGAGUGUGUCGUGGCUCCACGAGUUGAGACGGCACCGCCAUUACGAGAGCCCGGUGUACGGAUUAGUGUUCUGUUGCAACGUACACAACUUCACUAGAGUCGUGACUGAGAUGCCCGAAGACAUAGUGAAGAACGUGCCUGUGGGGAAUGCCGGUAUGCUCACAGACCUCUAUACGUAG